AUGGCGACAGCUCAAGCGGGAGAUGGAGAAAGCUACCCAUUGGCGGCACAGAUCCCCUUGAAGGAAUUUGUACUUCCAGACUUCCCACCUCAAGCCUCUCGACUCCGGGAACUUACCUUGACCGCCGACAUCAAACUAGACGAGUACCAGAGUCUCCUUCAGGAGAAACCACUCACUCAACCCGAGUUGCCCAACGUCCCCAAGUCCGUGACCCAUUUGACCUUGGAGUUGUUCGGCUUGGGCUUCCCCGGCACCCCGGCCUUCUUGGGACGACUGGCCAAAUGUCUACCCAAUCUACAAUCCUUGACCUUUUUCAGUUGUCUGAUCGAUGGGCUCGACGACUCCAGUCGUAAAGACGCCGAGAGGUUGUUCGAGACUUGCACUCAACUACAAGAGAUUCAUAUCAUUGAUUCUUUUGCCCGACCCGGGUUUUUCAAAUCCGUCGGUUCCAUACUCGAAAAAAGAGCCCGAGAGAAUGCGAGCAAAUCGAAGAAGAAGGCCGACAACGACGCCCUGGGCCUGACCGAAGAAGAAAAUCAAGGUGGCCUCAAAGUCAUUGACGUCAGUUAUACCUUUCGUGGUCACGAAGACAGUGACUUUUUGGCCAGAGUCGCCGGGGAAGAACUAUCUUCGUUGAUCGUACCCGGGCUGAUGGGGUUGAGUUUUGAUUUUGUUCCCGUACCUAGAAGGGAUGAACUCGAGGAAGAGGAGCAGUCGUCGGAGGAAAACAAAAAAAUGCCAGAAGGUGUUUUGCCUUUUGCCAGUGACGGUAGAGCACCGACGGCGAUCAAGAAGAGGUUCGAAAACCUUUCUGCUGGCGGCGGCGGCGGCGGCGGCGACUUGACUUCGAUCAAGGUGUUGAAUUUGGGAAUGUUUUCACUACGACCGGCAGAGGUCGGUGAGAUUGUUUACGCUUGUGCUGGUGGUGGAGGCGACCGACAGGCUGGACUGGUCGAUUUGACGGUCGCGGUCCUUCUCGAGGAUGGAUGGACAGACUCACUCGUGGCGGGAUUCGGACAUAAAGAGGUCGGGAAAACCUUGGAAGGUAUCGAGAUCAUAGGGGUGCCUGACAACGACGACAAAUCGGAAGAAGAAGCGGCAGCGACAUCCCAGGAUGAUCAAUCACACCACGACAUAAAACUAAUCGAACAGGCCGAUAUCGAAAAGCUGGAAAAAGCUUGUCCGAACCUUGGAAAAGUCGGAAUGAGCAUUUUGAAAGUCAGGAGUGCCCCCAACGUGGUUUUUCUCAAGGAAGACGACGGGUGGAGGUCGAUGUGAGGAAACAACACCGUACAUGGAUCGAUGAACACGGACCGGACGAGGAUGUCGAGGCCGUAAUUCAACUAUGCUUGGAUGAAGAGAACAAAACCAACGAGUGAAAAUCGGUGAUCUAAUGAUAGGUAGGUGAGGUAUUGUGGCU